AUGUCGGACACAGCCUGCCUUGGCCCAGCUUUCACAUUUCCACAUGCCCCCCGAAAUGCUCCGUGGGCAGCGCCAGCCGACCUCGCUCAACAUCCGAACAAGACGGUCAUCAUGCACAGAGUGGAGAAUCUGGGUCCCUUGGCGAAGUUUUGGGAAAUGGACGAGGUAAUGAAGGCGAUGAUCAGUACGAGGGCCCACUGUACAUACAUUUCGGGCUAUUCGGAUAACGGAGGAACAGAGAGACAGAAGGUUUCUCAGGAGAUUGUCCGCGUCAGAUGCAGAACUCGGAAAUUGAACCCGUGGCUCAUGUUGAUUGCCAAGAGUCGUGGCCGAUCGGAUUCUGCGAUGCAGCCCUGUAGCCCUGUAGCCCUGCAGUCCUAG